AUGGAUCGCUUCAAGUUCGGCGACUCGGACGAGUCUGGAUCUGACUUUGACGAGGAUCCCUCAGGCUUGCCCUUCCCCGAACCCUUAUCCCGCACCUCGUUCCUGGCCCCCGACUUUGAUCCAGCCACGUUUCUCUCCUCCUUGACCAAUCGCCACCAGAGCCUGGAGGAUCUCCGGCAAGAAUUGCGGAGCCUCGAGCAAGCUUUGAAUCGAGAGCUAUUGGAUCUGGUCAAUGAGAACUACCAAGACUUCCUGUCCCUCGGGACUGCGCUUCGCGGCGGCGAGGAGAAGGUAGAAGGAGUCAAGGUCGGCUUGCUGUCAUUUCAGCGAGAUGUCAAAGCCAUUCGUGAUAAGGUCGAAACCCGGCGCAAGGAAGUGGAUGACCUGUUAAAUGAGAAGCGACGUCUGCGGUCGGACGCGGACGUCGGUAAGGACCUGUUGGACUAUGCGGACCGCAUGGAGGAGCUUGAAUACCGCUUAAUGAUCAAAGACAAAUCCUCUGCAGACUCCACUGCGGAUGAGUCUGACACCGACUCUGAUAUAUAUGGCAGCGAAGGCGAAGAUAGCAGCGAAGACGAAGAACUAGCUGACGGAGCGACCCUCGUUUCGCUAAAACGACUGGAGCGCCACUGUCACAAAUAUGUUUUCUUGGUAUCGAUUGCCCAACGAAUCGGCGAAAAUCAUCCAUUCAUCCUAUCGCAACGAGCUCGUGUCUCGAAGAUCAAAUCAACUGUACUGUUGGACUUGAGGACAGCUUUGGAACAGGCCAAUCAAAUUGGUGAUAAACGUGAUGCGCGAACUAUGAGUGUCUUACGGCUAUAUGACAUUAUGGGCGAGGAUGUGAGCGCAAUCGCUGCCUUGAAGAACCUCAAGAUAUAG